UUAGACGAGACGUCGUAUUGUAUUUUCUGAUAUCACUAAUUGAGUCAACUCUAUAGCGAAAUGUAUAGCCAUUAAUUUUUAAGUCUGAAACAGUUUUCCCUACCACCCCUUUAUUCACAACCAAUCCUUUUAAUGAUCUAGUUAGUAUUCUCGGGAAAAACUAAAAAAUCAAAUAUACAUAUUAAAUCAAUAAUAAAAGCAAACAGGGAUGUAAUACAAAGUUUAUGUGUUGAUGGUAGAGUAAUUAACGAAAGAAGAAACCAACAGACAGACAUUUUUACUUGGAACAUAUCAUGAGUUGCAGAGAAAUAUGCCGUAGGACUUUUCGCGGAUGUCUCCGAAUUCCAGGUUGUAAGACAAUAUGUUUUAAGUGUAUUCUACCGCCAUGUUGUUCUAGCGAUAGUGACGAUGAAAAGGAUGAAAAAGACGAUGAAGGAUAUGAUAGUUAUGGAAUAACAGCAUCUCAAAACCAUUUACCCGAACCACAUCAUUUGAUAGCAAAACCUCCAACUGAAAAAGACGUUGAAUGUCAUGAUUACGUUAACGAAUCCGAACUCGAACUAUCAACUAGCCACGUUGAAACUAAACUAGCAGAAGUCAUGUAUGUUGCUAUGAAUGACGCUUCAGAUGAUGAAGACAAGAUGGCGUCCAAGUCGUCAGGUCAAUAUUCGGUAGUUGUUGAUACCAACACGUGUAAUAACAAUCGACACGAUUAUGUGAAUGAAAGCGUUUUGUUUGCUAAAUCAGACAGAGAACGUGGUCAGGACGCUUCGUUUCAAAGGAACGGGGACCUGUCAGUUCAUACAGACUUUGGAAACGAUUGCAUCAAUGGAUGCAGAGAGAUAUUUAAACAAAAUGCACAGCAGGUUACGGACAGUGUAGUUGUUAAGGAAUACGAAACAAGAUCAUUAGAAAGUAAAGUUGCAGAUGCAGUUUCCAACCAACAGACGUUAAUUCUUCUGGAAACUGAUUUGUGAAACAUGUGUUUAUCCGCCUCUGUUUUGUAAUAUGUUGUUAAUUAUAACUCAGGGCAUAUGGUCUAGUUAAAAUUUGGUGCAUUAUAACAGAAUUUCAUAAUUUAUUUAAAACAAUCUAGUCAGUUUAAUCAAUAUGCUUGCAAUUAAGACAAGGAAUGCCGCUUUUAUUAAUUUAUUUUUGUUACGUUUGCAUUAUUAGAUAUGUAUAAACAUGUUAAGAAUCUCAUUACAAUGUAAAGUAGGUUGUAUGUAUCUAAUGUAAAUAUAAUUUUUUGUUUCAUCAGGAAAGAUUACCUGAAAUCGUGCCGCUAUGUAGAAAUAAUUCAUAGGCCAGUAUACAAGAUUAUUACAAGUGAGGUUUGCCAAAAAGUAAAAAUCGUUUAAUGAAAAUAUAUUUUGGUAAGGAAGAUUAAUCAUUUAUCCUUUAUAAAACACGAGUUAAGUGGAAGUUUGGAUGAUUAUCAUUCUCAUACAUCAACUACGCAUGCUACAGUUUUUGUCGCAUAGAUAACCAUAAUCAUUUUGUUAGUAAUUUGCUAAUGUUAUUCUCAAGUAUACAUGUUACUCUGAUAAAUUCUAGAUUAAAGUUCAGCACAAAAUCAUCAAUAACCAUAUGGAUUAUACCUAUACCAUUUGGUUUCCGUCGAAUGCAUUAUUUUUUUAAUAUUUAAAAAAGUAAUCCUCCUCCAAUACUAUGGGGCUUGUAGCAUCUUCUCUAACCAUUUACUUAAACUAAGAAGUAAUUCUAAGGGUGCAUACUUUUUUAGAACUAGCCCAUAAUGCAAAAAGGAAAUAAUUGGAAAAUACUAGUACAUAAAACCAGAAUUUAGAGUAUGUUAUUUAUUUAAUCAUGUUUUGACAAAAGUGACUCCUUUAAUGAUAAACGCCUCCCUCGUAUCCCAGAUGACCAACGCUGCAGUAUACAUAAUCGAGAAUUCAUAACAAAACUUUUAUUCAACAUUACUGUGCAAUUUUAAUUACAUCAAUUGUAAGGUUAGUAUCGUUUUAGUUAGGAAGUCACUGCAUUUCGUUGACAGCAUCUUAGUCACGUCAGAAUGUUUAAUGUCAACAAAGAUACUUUGUUAUCAAAUGAACCCUUACUAAUCAAUGAGUCUACCUAUUUUGACCAUUUAACAACAUUGAGUAUUGUUAUAAUGUAUCCUUUUACUUAAAUUUUGAAGUCAAUUUUACAGAGUAAGAUCAUAUUGGCUUUGUUGCCUCCUGACAAUUAUGUACAAGUUCCCAUGCAAUAUAUUAGAAUUAUUGUCAGUCAUCAUAGUUCUGCUGUGUUCAGAAAAAAAAAAACAAGACUAAGAAUUGUAUUCUCAUAAAGGGUCAUGCGUUUAAAAAUUCAUAAAUAUAAAACCUUUUGUCAAAUGACAAAUCAAAAUGGCUGUCGUAUCGUUUUAUGAGAGAGUUAUGAUUUGUAAAUGCAAUGCAAACUGCGUACAUGUGAUAUAGAUUUCAGCCCUUUAAGAUUCACAUUUUAUAUUUUAAAACAUAAUAUAUUCCAAGCCUGAUGUGUAUAUUAAUUAUGUAUACAGGACAACCGCGGGAGUAUUGUAUAGCCGUCUGUUAGGACAAUGAUAUCACUUUCGACGUUACUUUCAAGGUUACCUGUAUAGAUUCAUUACAUUUUUCCCCAUUAUUUUGAUACAUUUUAAGGGACCACAUUAGUGUUACAAGGAAUAUAACAAGUACGUCAACACUCAUUUUCUCAAAAACGACAACAUGCUAUUUUAGAAUAUUAUUUUUUAAAACAUCAAGCAGAUUCAAGAAGAUUAAUAAUGUAAGAACUAACUUGAUGUAAUCAUUUUGUAAUUUAAAAAUAUUGAAAUUAUGUAUGUUUUACUACAUUAUGCAUACUGCAAUGCAAUGUUACGAAUCUGAAGUGUUUUAAGAACAAUUGACACAGGAUGACUAUUGAUAUAUAAUUCUGUAAAAUGUUACUUUUCAGACUGGUCGAGUAAACCAGUACAUCUGAGUACAAAAUCUAUUUAUUUCAGACUCUUGCCACCUUAUAGUAUGUGCAUUUAAAAAGGCUAGUCAGUUUCGUAAUUCACUGGUCAAUUUAUGUGAAUGUUAUCAUUCCAGGAAUCGAGGCAUUUUUCUGUUCAAAUGUAUAGUUAUUAAAGAGUGCUAUUGGUCUUAGUUCUAGGUUGUGUAUAAAUAUUUACGAUGAGUUCAUAAACUCGUUUAUAAAUAACGCUGAAUGCAUUUAAAGAGGCACUUUAGUCGCACCAUACAUUUAUCUUCGUAUAAUUUGUUUUAUACUUUUUGUUUAGUUUAUAUUAUGAAUUAUCCUUCGUUAAGCUUUUAUAUGCCUAUUAUUUGCCUUUGUGAAAUGACUUGAAAGUAACAUAGUAUGUCAUGUCAAGUCCCUGAGUUCACAACUCGUGAAAAGACAGGAAUGAGAUCCACAGAACGACGAGCUUAAUAUUAAGUCCAUGGUCAUAGACAAUAUAUUAAAUUUCAUUCUGGCAAAUGACAGUAAAUGAAAUACAGAAUCGUUUAGUCAAGUUUGAUGUUAAGUUAAAUACAAUGUAUAUGAAAUCCUGAAGAAAACUUAGAUGCUAUUCAAAGCGACAUAACUCGUAUUUUUUUACUGGUAAUUAUCACAUGGCUAAUGUGUCUCUAAUAGCCAUAGCCAUGGCUGCUAUAUGUUUGCUACACGCUUUAAUUUCGGGCACAAAGUUGUUAAAUUUCAAAUCAGAAAGGCAUCAAAAGUAUUGACAAAUAAAUUAUUACAUAUCAAAAUAACUGUUUUCAGUUUUGAAAGAAUAGAUAUCAACAUUUACAAACUUUUUGUAAAUAAAAAAAAAUGCAAAUCGUUUGAAAUAACUAUUUAACUAAGCCAUCGUGUAAAUACUAAAAAAUAGCUUACAUUGUGACUUAAUUAACUCACUUUACCAAAUAGAUUUCUUUUAAUUUAUAAGUAAUGUCAUUCUUUAUUAAAUUUUGGGGUUUUAUAUGUAUUGUUUUCCUUUUUUUCUGAAAAAAAAAUGGACUUGUUAUACUAGUAGUUGAUUUGUGGAAUUUAUUAUGUUUAUUAUGAUGUUUUGAUAUGUAAAAAGAGCUUCAUAGUUGUUUUUUUAAUUGUUGUGAAAGAUUAUUUACAUAGUAUUCAUAUCUUUAUACAGUAUUGGUGUUGUGAAGACAUUGACCUUUCAAGACAAUAAAGAUGUGAUAUUUUA